AUGCAAGGAGAUAUUGGUGAGAAGGGCAGUUGCACGACAUGCGCUUACACUGAGGAUUUCUCCAACUAUUGGACGGCAGCGCUGUACUUCAGGCACGAGAAUGGCUCCUACAAACGGGUACCACAGUAUGCCAAUGCCCAGCUGGGUACUGAAGGACGUGACGCACCUGACAUCAGAGGUGGUAUGACAAUCUAUUAUACCCAGAAAGAUUUUGAAAGUAACGGGGACCAAUACAUUACGGCUUUUCAACCUGGAUUCCGUAUGACGGUUGGUAGUCCGACAACGGAUACCAUUCAAGGUCCAAACGCGCAGCCAGGGCUACGAUACACUUGCCUGCAGGACAUAUUGACGCGAGGCAGCGAGACACCAGGCCUGCCCAGUAAGCCAUGUCCAGCAGGUAUCAUGGCCAUUCAUCACUUUCCGUCUUGCUGGGAUGGCAGGAACCUUGAUAGCCCUGAUCACCAGUCUCACAUGUACAACACCGACACGGGCGGCUUCCGUAACGCAGGCCCGUGUCCUAUCUCCCAUCCAGUCCGCGUGCCUCAGCUUGCCUACGAGACUAUGUGGAACACUUCGGGUUUCAAUAACAUGUGGCCGAAAGACGGAUCGCAACCGUUUGUAUGGUCUUACAUGGAUAGCAAAGGAUAUGGCACACACGCCGACUAUGUGUUUGGGUGGAAAGGCGACUCUUUGCAGCGUGCCAUGAACGAUUCUUGCAUGUUCCACAGAUGCGGAAGUCCCGGCAUACAAGGAGUACUCAAGACUCAGACUGUUGCUGAAAUGAACCAUUGUUCGGUGAAAAACAUCGUCACCGAGGAUACGGAGGGGUGGCUCUCUGAGCUUCCGGGGCAUCAGGCGGGAAUUAGAUUCCAGACUUGA